GAGCCGCGCGGCUUAUCUUUCUCUCGACUGCUGCACUGUGCGAUCCGCGACAAUAGUCCCGUUCCGAGUGUAAAAUUAGCUGCACGCACAUGUCGCCUUCCAGUGGAAGUAAACCAUAGGAAUAUGGCUCGUUUAUUUCGCCGACUCUAUUUGCCGUCCAUGUAAAAGUGCAAGCAUCGACGAUUCACUAUGGUGGGCGAUUGCACUACAGCAGAAGAGCCCCCAAAUGGGGUAAACCGAGGAGAAACCAUCAAAGCAAUCCUUCGUGACCGCGCAUCGUCCAAUCAAACCGACCGAUUGCGUGAAAGUGCCCCUAUGGAUAGCUGCUGGAACAUACCGGUGGCCAUGGCCGCCGCAGCGUUCCUUGUCUGCAUGCCGUGGUCGUGGUUCGGCCUCUUAUUCGUGUUCUUCAUGGAGAAGUUCGACAUCACGAGGGAGAUGGCAUCCUGGCCGAAAAGCACCGCAUCCAUGCUGAGCCACAUUUCAGGACUGGCAGUCUACGCCCUUCAACGAUGCAGCAAAACCUACUAUAUCGUGUUAUUGAGCACCAUUCUAUGUUCAGCGGCUUUUGUUUUGUCGGCAUUUGCAUCGAACAUAUUGUGGAUGACAAUGACUUUUGGCGUGAUGCACGGCUUAGGUCAUGGAAUCUUCGUCACGUCGUCCUCCAUAUACACGCUUCUCCACUUCGAGAAGUACCGCGCCAUUGCAACAUCAUUAGGCUUCCUUUCGUACGGGGUAUCCGCAAUCAUCAGCCAGUUCGUGUUGGCUUACCUCGUGGAACUUUACGACCUCGAUGGAGCUCUGCUCCUCUACGGCGGAGUGCUUCUAAACUCUACCGCCAUUGUUAUGCUAGCAAAGAAUCCUCGGGAACUCGGAUGUUCUUGGAAACCAAGAAAGUCCCAACCUCUGCUGAAGGCGGGCCUCAACCCAAAGCGUUAUGAGGCUACCACUGCGCACAACGCUACCCAACAAAGCCCAGACGAACUACAAGGCCUACAUUUGCCAGAAAAGAAGGUACUACUGGAGAGCUGUACCGUAAAGCAAGCUCUGGCACUACUCUACACGCCAGCGUUCUACGUUCUUCUGGUGACUGUCGUUGUCGGAGAUUACACGUACCUGGAAUUCUCGGCGACCAUCGUGGACUACGGCAUCGACAAAGGCAUAGCCCUGGACAGCGCCAAGCACCUGAUAACCUUCAGUGCGGUUGGUCAGCUUGUGGGCCGUUUGGUGGUGCCUCUUCAGGCAGACUUUUCCCCCUUCACGCGCCGACUUCUGUACACCCUUAGCUUCCUGACCACUUGUUCCUGCAUGGUGGCAUUGCCAUAUGUUUCUACCCCUUCGACCAUCUUUGCGCUGGCAGCUGUGACAGGAGUGUCGCAGGGAUACGUAAUAUGCAUCAAGUACGUGUUCCUUGCGGAAUACCUUGGCGUCGAACGUACGGCUGCUGCAAUCGGCAUCAUCGGCAUCUUUAUGACGCCGGUGUUUCUGGUCAGCCCAACAAUUUUAGGACAAUUUCGUGACGUUUCGGGAUCAUACGAUGGCUACUACCUGCUCAUGGGCGCCGUGAGCUUGGUGGCUGCUGUGCUCUUUGCGACACACAAUGCCUGCAGCCAAAGAAGGACACAGCGGAUACACUGCCUUACAAACAAGCCUCCUGCGCGCCAAGCAAUAUAAAUCUCUAGCUAUCAAAGCGGAUUCGUUCUUUA